GGCUGAGUUAAAGACUAGCCGCCGUUCCCAGGACAACGGAUGAAACGCUAAACUUUCAACCAAAAAAGGUUGACUUCGCAAACUCAAUAGUUUAAUUAGAUAUUGAGACACUUUUUCAUCUUUUCCACGUAUAGUAAAGACCACAGAGAGUUAAUUUACGAAGUCUAAACUUGCUGAAAGCUUUAGAAAGAUGCAGAGUCGCCACUGGAUGCACAGCCAGCAGCAGAGGAUGAUAGCUCAGCGGCAGGCUCAGGAGAUGCGGAGAGAGCAGGAGACUCGGCGUCUGGACAGAGAGAAGCAGCUGCAGGCCAGCACGAGAGAGGAGGACAGCUACGAGAGGAGAAGGUACCUGCGACAGGUGCAGCAGGAGCUCCAAGAAAGACAGCUGGAGACCGCCAUGCUCAAGACAGAAGAAGAAAGGGCUAACAGAGAGAAGCAGCUUGAACAAGAAGAACGAAUGGCCAAAGAAUUGGCUCGUAUCAACCAUGAGAGGCAAAGUGAUGAAAGAAUGAGACAGCGCAUUAGAGAGAACAGUUUGGAGCUUCGGGAACUGGAGACUAAGCUGAGGUUGGCAUAUCUAAAUAAGGAAAGAGCUGCACAGAUUGCUGAGCAGGAAGCCAAGAGGUUUGAAACUUUGCGUGAAGAUGCAGACUAUUCUCACAAAAUGAAGAGUGAAGUUGAGCGAGCGUCAGCUGAGCAGCAGAAGCUGGAGCAGAAACACCACGAGCAGCUGCUGCAGUACCAGAAAGAGCUGGAAGAGCAGCUGAUCGAGAAGGAACGCAAGAGGCAACAAGCAUAUGAAGAGUUCCUGAAAGAGAAGCUCAUGGUUGACGAGAUCGUCAGAAGGAUUUAUGAGGAAGAUCAGCUGGAAAGACAGCUGAAGUUACAGAAGGUCAAAGCUACUCAGCAGUUCAUUGAAGAGUUCAAACAACAGCAGGCUGAGUGGAGACGCAUGGAGCAGGAAAAGGUGGAGGCUGAGAACAGGCGAAUCAUGGAGUUUGCAAGCCAGCAGCAGCACAUGGAGGAGACCAGAAUGAAUAAAAUCAAAGAGAGGGAACAAGCCAAGGAUCACCUUUACAAAAUGUUGUGUGAGAACAUUCAAGAAGAGCAGCAGCAGCGUGAAGAGAUGGAACGCAUUCGAGAGGAGCUGUAUUUGGAGGAGCAGGAGGAGGCAAACCGUCAGAAGGAAAUUCAAGAAAUGGAGGACAAGAUCAGAAAGAGGCUGAUGAUGCAGCAGUCCUGCCAGGAGCAAAUGGCUUUCAUUGAGAUGCGGAGGCAAGCAGAGAAAGAGGAAGAGGAAGCCUUUAGGAAAAUGAUGAUGGCCAAGUUAGCAGAGGACGACCGCAUUGAGCAGAUGAAUGCACAAAAACGCCGCAGGAAGCAACUCGAACACAAACAAGAGGUGGAGAAACUGUUGGAGGACAGGAGACGCCAACGCCAGGCUGAGAUGGAAAUGAAAGCCCAGGAGAGAGCAAGUGAGCAGGAGAGAGAAGCUCUACAUAGAAAGAUAGUAGAAGAAGAGAGGCAGAAACUUCUGAAGCGUCAUGCUACAAAGCUCCUGGGGUUUUAUCCUAAGGGCUUGCUGCGUGAAGAUGACCUUCAGCACUUUGAUGAAGAUUUCCGGCAGAAAUUUAAAGCACGUCCGGCUGACGUCUCUGAAGAUGGUUGGGAAGAGGAUUGAAUCUCUUAUUUUAGUUUGCCACUAGAGGGCAGUUUAGUUUUACAUAGGAAAUGCUGUGGUUAGUGACCAAAUGAUUCUGCACUUUUCUGUUUUUUUUUAAAUACUUUUCAUGCAAUAAAAACACAGUACAACAA